UGUUAGGGUGAAAAAAACCAAUGAGGCCAGCAACAAUGGUUGCUACACACCUCGACGCUGAGUUGCAGCACAACGAGAGACGUCCUCUCUUGACGAACAGAGCUGAUGGAAACAACAACAUGAGCCCCAUGCAAAAGGCAAUAGGCCAAACAUACCAGAGCACUGCCCACCUCGCCAAACUCCUUCCUUCUGGCACUGUCCUUUCUUUCCAGAUCCUGGCUCCCACCCUGGCAAAGCAAGGCCACUGCAGUGACAUGAACCGGAUGAUGACAGGAGGCCUUGUGGUGCUCUGUGCGUUGUCCUGCUGCGUUCUCAGCUUCACAGACAGUUUCAGGGAUGAGGAAGGGAAGGUCCGAUUUGGGUUCGCCACACCCAGGGGAUUGUGGGUCAUUGAUGGUGGGGCUCCUCUUGAUCCACUUGGGGCAGCAGGAUUCAGGAUGCGGUUUCUAGACUUUGUGCAUGCCAUUGUUUCAGCUAUGAUUUUUGUAGCAAUCGCACUGUUUGACCAACACGUGGUGUCUUGCUUCUAUCCAACACCAUCCGAGGAUACAAAGCAACUACUCACAGCAUUGCCAGUAGGAAUUGGAAUCAUUGGAAGCAUGCUGUUUGUUAGCUUCCCUACCACUCGUCACAGCAUUGGCUCCACACUCUCUUCACAAUAAUAGUGUCUUCAAUUUUU